AUGUCUUUCUUUCGCCGCCGCCUCAGCAAAUCCGACCGGGACCGCGACAGCAGGCACUCCCAAAACUUGGACCGUGGACCAAUCUCGCCAACAUCGCCGCCAACAUCAUACAACAUGCCCAACGGCCAACUCCAAAACUCGGACCAGCACUACUCGAGACCUGCUUCGUCAACAGCCGCAUCAGACGCCUCCUACGAUUUCGCGAACCAUCAACAACACUCUAACAACAUGCAAGGCGCGACCACUAGUCCCACUACCCAACAAAACGCCUCUCACCGCUUCGCCAACAACCCACCACCAUCAGGCACCAACAGCGUUUCUCGCCCUCUCACACAGCACGCCCUACCAGCAGUCCCACACUCCGGCGCAGGAACACUCGGCAAUCUAUCACGAACAGACCAAGUCGUGCUACGCUACUUCUGGGAGGCCAAAGCCGAGGAGAACCUGUCUCGCGAUCUGCACUUCCUCAAGUUCCCAUCGUUUGGCUUGGCGCCGACGGAUCGCGAGCUGGUGCCGUUCUGUGAGAUCUACGCGCUGGUGAAGAAUAGCAAGGGGGCGGAGAUUGUUGGGUUGGGGACGUUGGGGGGUGGGGCGGGGACUUUUAUUGGGUUCGAGCUCUUCUCCUCAGCACAACUCCACAUCGACCUCUCCGACACCUGGACCGUCCCCAUCAGCCACCACCGCGUCAGCUUCAAGCCCUUCUCCACCCUCUUCGCCUCAAACUCGACCUCCUCGUCUCAAGACAUGAACCAGAUCGCCAGCAGCUGGCCUAAGCCUUUGACGAUCGAGUACCUCGAGGAGUUGUAUAGUGAGCGCUGGGCACGAGAUCUGAAUGCGCCGUGCUGGGAGUCGAGGGAGGUGAGGGAGUUGGGCGCGCCGGGCGUGGGUGGGGGACCGGUGGAUGAGGUGGAGAGUUUGGGUGGGCAUGAGGGGAUGGGAGGUGGUGGCGGCGGUGAGAGUGUUGGGGUUGUGAAUGGGAAUGCGGUGCGGAAUGGGAGGGUUGAUGAGGGGCAGAGGGCGGAGGGGAGGAGACGGGGAGAGGAUUCGGCGGUUUUGGGGGAGCAUACUGUCGGGCUGUGA